AACUGGGCAAACAAUUGACACGAGAAAUCCAGCCAAAGCUACAGGUAUUUUUACAGAACCAAGUGGCAGUUCCUUCGGAAUAAAAAAAUUACAGAGUAAAAUAUUAUUUCAUUCAUUACAACCAACUCUUAGUAAUACAGUAGCCAAAUUCCAGCAUUAUCCUUCUGAUAUUUUCCCCCAUUUACCCUGUCUUGAAUAAUUCAGAAGUUCCAAAUCAAACACUUGGGCAGUCCAAUAGUUCCUGGACUCGAGAUUUGUAAGCAUCAAUAGCUAGGGGUACGUUCGAGUCAGCUGUUAAUUCCGGUGCACUGGUUUGCCGAUCCAGACCAUGUACAUCCAGUCAGUGUUGCCAAGCCAGAGCAUGUACGCAGUGCAGCAGAUAACCAGACGCUUUAUCUUCCGCAUUGUGGACUCGUCACUCGUUGGUACCACUCUUCUCUGGACAGGAGGCGGAUGGUUUGGUGAUACGUGUAUUCAAAAUAUCCACAGCCCUUGAGAGAGUUUGCAUUUAAGGAUAAGGUGGAUGUGAAGCAGAGAUGGAUGUGUUAUGGACCUUGUUCUGCGGGAACUCUGAUUGUUCAGAAUACAAACACAGGCCUUGUGGUUCUUACUUAAUGGUUGAAACUCAUCCCUCAUGCAUCCGUCAUGUGUUGAUCUUUGUUUUCGAUGUAUUACUUUUAGUCAUGCUCUUAAUCAAUAUAUUUUUCAAGAAGCCAAAUACAUCCGCAAACAGGUUUUGUCGAGUUUCGUGUUUGCAGCUGAUAUCUGCCAUUUAUAAUGGCGUCCUGGGAUUGGGUUACUUUUGUUUGGGUGUUUUGACAUUAGAAGAGAAGUGGAGGAGAAAACAAACGAUUGUACCUUUAAAUUGGAGGUUGCUAGUUUUGUUUCAUGGACUGACUUGGUUGUUAUUGAGUUUAGCCUUGAGUCUUUGGGGAAAGCGUUUCUCAAGAGUCCCAAUGUGCAUUUUGUCAGUUUUUGCCUUUUUAUACUGGGGAGUUUCUUUUGCUCUGUCUUCUUUUGCUGCCAUUGCUCACAAAGAGUUGGCAAUGAUCAUAACCUCCGAUGCGCUAUCAUUUCUUGGUGCAAGUUUAUUAUUGCUAUGCACUUACAAGCGAUUGGUUCACGAAGAAAAUGAAAAUGAUCUUUAUAGCCCCUUAAAUGGUGACUGCAGUGUUCCCGGUUUGAAAACUGAUCCUGUUGGCAUUGUCACUCCACUCAGCAGAGCUGGAUUUUUCAGUAAGAUGUCUUUUUGGUGGUUGAAUCCCUUGAUGAAAAAGGGUCGAAAGAAAACUCUUCAAGAUGAAGAUAUCCCUAAAUUGCGCAAAGAAGACCAAGCAGAGACAUGCUACUUGCUGUUCACCGAACAACUCAACAAACAGAAAGCCAAGGAUCCAUGGACUCGGCCAUCAGUUUUAAGGACAAUUAUUUUAUGCCACCAGAGAAACAUUCUCAUUUCUGGAUGCUUUGCACUUCUGAAGAUCAUCUCUAUAUCUGCUGGACCACUGCUUCUUAACGCUUUCAUUAACGCCUCUGAAGGUAAUGGAAAUUUUAAACACGAGGGCUAUGUAUUAGCUCUGUUGCUUUUCAUUUCAAAGAACUUAGAAUCCUUGUCACAAAGACAAUGGUACUUUAGGAGCAGACUGAUCGGUGUAAAAGUUAGGUCUUUGCUUACAGCAGCCAUCUACAAGAAGCAGUUGAGAUUAUCUAAUGCUGCAAGAACUGUGCACUCUGCUGGUGAAAUAAUGAACUAUGUUACUGUUGAUGCAUAUAGGAUUGGAGAGUUCCCUUUCUGGUUUCAUCAGUUGUGGACAACAAGCCUUCAACUCUGUUUCGCUCUUGUGAUCCUUUACCGUGCAGUUGGUCUUGCUACAGUUGCAUCAUUGGCUGCAAUAUUACUUACUGUUCUUUCCAAUACCCCCCUUGCUAAAUUACAGCACAAAUUCCAGUCUAAGCUUAUGUUAGCACAAGAUGAGAGGCUCAAAUUUAGUUCGGAGGCUCUUGUGAAUAUGAAGGUUCUGAAACUCUAUGCGUGGGAGAAUCAUUUUAAGAAUGCUAUAAUAAAAUUGAGGACAGUGGAGUUUAAAUGGUUAUCUAUUGUCCAGUUGCUUAGGGCAUAUAAUAGCUUCCUGUUCUGGUCGUCCCCCGUGUUGGUCUCUGCAGCUACUUUUGGAGCUUGCUAUUUCAUUGGAGUUCCAUUGAAUGCAAGCAAUGUGUUCACCUUUGUUGCAACAUUUCGUCUCGUCCAGGAUCCUGUGAGAUGUAUUCCUGAUCUUAUUGGGGUUGUUAUUCAGGCAAAUGUUGCAUUUACGAGAAUUUUAAAUUUUUUAGUGGCGCCUGAAUUGGAUACCUCAAAAGUACGGCACAAUUGGGACGGAAGAAAUGCAAACUGCAACAUUGUAAUUAAGUCGGCAGAUCUCUCAUGGGAGGAGAAUCCAGUGAAGCUAACACUUCAAAACAUCAAUUUAGAGGUCAGAGUGGGUGAAAAGGUCGCUAUAUGUGGAGAGGUUGGAUCAGGCAAGUCGACUCUUCUUGCAGCAAUUCUUGGAGAGGUUCCGAAGAUUAAUGACGGAACUAUACAAGUAUAUGGGAAUAUUGCCUAUGUUCCGCAAUCAGCAUGGAUCCAGACAGGAAGCAUACGAGAUAAUAUUCUUUUUGGAUCUGAUCUUGAUUGCGAGAGAUACCAGAACACAAUAGAGAUGUGUUCAUUGGUAAAGGACCUUGAGCUUCUACCUCAUGGCGAUCUCACUGAAAUUGGGGAAAGAGGAGUGAAUGUGAGUGGUGGGCAGAAGCAGAGAAUUCAGCUUGCUCGUGCACUCUAUCAAGAUGCAGACAUAUAUCUCUUGGAUGAUCCAUUCAGCGCCGUAGAUGCACAUACUGCCACCAGUUUAUUCAAUGAUUAUGUAAUGCACGCUCUGUCAGGAAAAACAGUCUUACUUGUGACUCACCAAGUUGAUUUCCUUCCUGCAUUUGAUUCUGUUCUGUUGAUGUCACACGGGAAAAUUUUGCAUGCUGCUCCUUAUCAUCUACUGAUGGCAUCCAGCAGAGAUUUCCAAGAUUUGGUUGAUGCACAUAAUAUAACUGCUGGUUCUGAGAGGCUUGCGGAGAUAAAUCCUUCCCAAGAGAGUGAAAUUGUUUAUGGGGAUAUUAGGAGGACUCACACCGAGAAGAAAUUUAAAGCUCCAGGAGAUGAUCAUUUAAUUAAGCAAGAGGAGCGAGAAGUUGGAGAUGCAGGUCUUAAACCUUAUAUGCAAUAUAUAAAUCAGAACAAAGGCUUGCCUCUGUUCUCGUUGGCUAUUAUUUCGCACUUGGCUUUUGUGACCUGUCAGAUAUUACAGAAUUUCUGGAUGGCUGCAAAUGUUGAAAAUCCUGAUGUCAGCACUUUAAGAUUAAUUCUAGUGUAUUUGGUUAUCGGAUUAAUAUCCACAUUGUUUCUAUUCAGUAGAUCUCUGGCUUCAGUGUUUUCUGGUCUGCAUUCGUCGAAGUCUAUGUUUUCACAGUUGUUAGAAUCUCUUUUUCGUGCUCCAAUGUCUUUUUAUGAUUCUACACCUUUGGGAAGGAUAUUGAGCCGGGUCUCAGCUGAUUUAAGUAUUGUUGACAUCGACCUUCCCUUUAGCUUGAUUUUUACUGUUACAGCCACCACUAAUGCUUGUUCCAACGUUGGAGUGAUAGCUGUUGUUACUUGGGAAGUUCUCUUUGUGGCCAUCCCAAUGAUCUAUGUGGUUAUCCUCUUACAGAGAUACUACUUUUCCUCUGCAAAAGAGUUGAUGCGGAUAAAUGGCACAACAAAGUCUUUGGUAGCUAACCAUCUUGCAGAAUCGCUAGCUGGUGCUAUGACAAUCAGAGCUUUUGAAGAGGACAAUAGAUUCUUUUCAAAAAACCUUGAACUAAUUGACACAAAUGCUAGCCCAUACUUGCACAAUUUUGCAGCAAAUGAAUGGUUGAUUCAACGUCUGGAAACACUCAGUGCAGUUGUUCUUUCUUCCUCUGCACUUUGCAUGGUUUUGCUUCCUCCUGGAACUUUCAGCCCUGGAUUUAUUGGAAUGGCUUUGUCCUACGGCUUUUCAUUAAACUCCUCACUGGUUGGCUCUAUCAGUAAUCAGUGUCUCUUGGCAAAUCAUAAUAUUUCAGUAGAAAGGCUUAAGCAGUACAUGCACAUACCAAGUGAAGCUCCUGAAGUUAACGAAGAAAAGCGUCCCCCUAACAAUUGGCCAGCUGUGGGCAAAGUCGACAUUCAAGAUUUGCAGAUCAAAUAUCGACCAUUUGCACCUCUCGUGCUUAGAGGUAUCAGUUGCACAUUUGAAGGUGGGAGCAAGAUAGGCAUUGUUGGUCGGACAGGUAGCGGCAAAAGUACCCUCAUAGGUGCCUUAUUCCGUCUGGUGGAGCCCUCAAAAGGGAAGAUAGUAGUGGACAGAAUUGACAUCUCUGCAAUUGGAUUGCAUGAUUUAAGGUCACAUUUUGGAAUAAUACCACAAGAUCCUACUCUUUUCAACGGAACUGUGAGAUACAAUUUAGAUCCCUUAUCUCAGCACACCGAUCAGGAAAUUUGGGAGGUCCUUGGGAAGUGUCAGCUAAGGGAGACCAUUCAGGAGAAAGAAGCUGGUCUUGAUUGUUUAGUGAUGGAAGAAGGGCUCAAUUGGAGCAUGGGGCAGCGGCAGCUGUUCUGUUUAGGCCGUGCCCUUCUGAGAAGGAGCAAGGUACUGGUCCUCGAUGAAGCAACUGCGUCAAUUGACAAUGCUACAGACUUGAUAUUGCAAAAAACUAUCAGAACUGAAUUUGUGGAUUGUACUGUAAUCACAGUGGCUCAUAGAAUACCUACAGUGAUGGAUUGCACGAUGAUCUUAGCUAUAAAUGAUGGAGAACUAGUGGAGUUUGAUGAGCCAAUGCACUUAAUGAAAAAAGAAGGUUCACUCUUUAGGCGGCUUGUCAAGGAAUAUUGGUCUCAAUAUCACUCUGCAGAAUCACAUUGACUUGUAGAAGCAAACAGUAUUUAGUAGAUUCUACUUGUCUCCCAGCUUUAAAACCGUUGUGAUUCCGUUUUCACGGGGUUACCUCAUAUCCUCUGCCAUUCGGCAAAGCUCGCUUUUAUCAGAUUUGACAGAUGUAUUAUAUAGUCUUUUAGAAGUAGGAUGCAUUAUAUUACCAGAAAACAGAGAAACAGAAUACCAUUAGACACCACAGUCUUAUGUAUUACUCGAGAACUGAUUGGAAUCUACACAGUUG